AUGCAUUUUUUAGCUCUUGCACUAUUGUCCAUGGCCGCAGUCGGGUUGGCAAGGCCCAACCCACAGAUCUUUGAUGAGGUUGCAUCGAAUAAGAACAUUCCAUCGCUUGCCACCGUGUACACCGGCCCUGGCAACUGUUCGACUGACAGCUCUCAUUUUUCGGUCCCGUUUGGUGACUUUGGCCCUGGGUGUACGUCUUUUUUGACCAAGGCAGGCGGUAAUCACAACAAAUCUAUCUCCACGAGCAUCGACCUGACAUGCGUUACUUUCAAGGACGGAAACUGCUUAAAUGAAAUUGAAACACUCGUCAUGAAGCCUACUGAGUGCCAUAACUUCUCACCAGUUGUUGGGUCUUUCAAGUGCUUCAUGGGGGAACAGACGUCCAUGUAUCCUUAG